GUAUUUAAUUUCUCAGUCCUAUAUUGGACACUCCUGCUACAGUGCAGUAUUUAUUUUAUAAGUAUUAAUUAAUUAGGAUUAUCUCAUGUUUAUUAUCAAAUAACUAAAGGUGCUAACGAUAGAAUGAAAUCCAUGGACUGGUGAAACGAAUGUGAUAUUUUGCAUCUAGCAAAUGACAUUGAAUAAAGUGUAUCAAAAUGGAUGACCUAACAGUUCCCGAGAAAAAAAGUAUGGUGCCGUUUCUAAGGCAGCUGUACAUCACGACGGCAGUCAGCGUGAACAUCAUGGGCCACGGCUGCGUCAUCGGCAUCUCCGCCAUCCUCAUCCCGAGCCUGCGCCGCCCCGAGUCCAGCAUCCACGCCACGCAUAGCGAGGAGUCCUGGAUAGCAUCAAUCAUCGGGUUCGCGCUGAUCGUGGGCAACCUGAUCAUCACGCCGACCAUGGACCGGCUAGGCCGCAAGCGCUCGCAUAUCCUGUCCAUCUUCCCUAUCCUGGUGGGCUGGUUCCUGCUGCUGCUGGCCAACAGCGUCCCAACCCUCAUAGCGGCACGCUUCCUGCAGGGCCUCUCCAUGGGCAUCCUGGGACCACUCGGCUCCGUCAUCAUCGGAGAGAUGACCAACCCGAAAAAUAGAGGACCUUUACUCACACUCAUCUCUCUAUCGCUUACUUUAGGCGUCCUCUUCACGCAAACACUAGGGAUCUUCCUCAGCUGGAAGCAAACGGUUAUUGCCUGCUCGUUUAUCACUUUCACCAGCCUGUGCAUGCAGAUCUACUGCCCGGAGUCGCCGCCCUGGUUGUGCAGCCAAGGCCGUCUGGACGAGUGUAGGGAAGUCUUCCUCUGGCUGCGAGGCGACGGCCCGGAAGAGAGAGACGAACUGGAGAAGAUGAUUCAAGCGAAAAUGAUGGAGAGAAAGUCCAGUGUCGCCGGACAGACGAUCAGUUUUGGAGUGAAAGUGAGGAGAACCAUUCGGUUCUUUAAAGAGACAUACAAAAAGCCCGAUUUCUACAAGCCCAUAAUUAUAAUGCUGCACAUUUACACCAUGUUCCAGUUCGCCGGCAUCAAUGUGUUCAGCUCCUACAUGAUCGACAUCAUCAGGCAGGUGGUGGGGCCUGAAGCCAACGCUGAGUACCUGAUGGUCGUCUUCAACAUCGAGCGUCUGAUAUCCAACCUUCUAGCUAUAUUCCUAAUGGCUAAUAUGAAACGCAGAUCCUUGCUGUUCUCUGCAGGAUUCCUUUGCGUGACUUCCUACAUAGGUAAAGGUUUGUACGUCUAUGCCAAACAGAAUGACAAGCUACCCUUCCCCGACAACCAGUGGGUUCCCAUCGGCCUCAUAGGUCUGUACAUGUUCUCUUUAGCUGUGGGAAUAUCGUCCAUACCCUUCACGAUAUCUGGGGAGUUGUUCCCUCUGGCCUACCGAGGGUUGGGAGGCGGGAUCAGCGUGUUGGCGUUGUCGUUAAACUUCUUCUUGGCCGUCAAAUGCUUCCCAGUUCUGACCACAGAGAUCGGGCUUCCUUCCACGUACUUCCUGUACACCGGCAUCGUGGUCUACUGUCUGACGGUGAUCUGGUUCAUGUUGCCAGAGACCAAGGACAGGACCCUGCAAGAGAUUGAGGAGAGCUUCCGAGGUAAGAAGGCGGUGGAAGACCCAGCCAAUGAGCCGCUCAACGACGUCAACGUCCAGAAAUAUCUGGCCAUGAGGCGGUGCAGUUCUCAAAUUAUGUAUUAAAUAGGAAUAGCUUUCUAGCACUAUUAGGUAAUGAGUUAAUUAUAUUGUAUUUUAUCUUAGGAUGGUCUAAGAGGUCAAUGAAUAAAGAGAAGAGUGCUUCUGUGAUGUUUUGAAAUACGUAAAAGUCAUUUUUAUAUUUAUUGUAAAUAUUACCUACCUUGGUGUAAGUACUCCUGUAAUUCUAAUUACGUAGUUAAAUCAAUGUAAGUGUAGGUAUAAUUAAGUUGGUUGUGAAUAAAAAACUAAAUUAUUAA